AUGACUCAAGAUAUAGAACUUUUCAAUUUAGAGGAUGGUAUCCAAUUAGUAUCACCAUGUAUCAUCGUUCAUGGUCAAGUAGUUAAAAAAAAUGGUGCAUCUACUAUUCAAAUUCAACAUCCACAAUUACCACCAUUAACAUAUCCAAUUAAUGAAACCCAUUUCAAAGCCACCAUUAUGUUAUCACCAGGGGAAAACCGUUUCACUUUUAUUACCAACACAAACGUAUCUCGUGUCAUUACAUGUUUUUAUUCACCGUUAACUCAAAACUUACCAAUCCAUUUAUGUUUAUUGUUAGCAAAGGAUUCUCCAAUGGUGUACGAUGCCCCUAAAACCCAGAUCCAAAGAGAAAAUGGGAACGGUCUCGAUUUAGCUAUUAAAAAAUUAAGAGUAGGUGCUAGAUUAAUGCAAGCAUUUACUAAUGAACAAAUGUUAAGAAAUGGGUUUGGUCAACGUACUUUUAGUUUUGUUGAAGAAUAUGCAUGGGAUACAACUUUCAAACAAAAUGUAGCAAUGAGAAAUACAGUUAAAAUCCAUAUUUUACGUAGUGAUAAAACUACUGCCGAAAUUAGAUCUCAUAACGUAGCUCAACAAAACCCUAAGGCUUCUGAUUCUGGAGCAUUAUUUAGUUGGGCCAUUGAUGCUGUUAAGAAUACUGAUUGGUAUAAGAAUUCAGAACACCCAGUACAAGCUGCUUGUAUGAUAAUGGAUGCUCAUUGGGAUGGUAAAUUCAUUACUGGUCAUGCUGCUUUAGGUGGUGGUACUGCUGAUGUUAAGAUGGCUAUAUUUGGUUCACAUGGUCUUUACUCUUGGCCAACAUGUAUUGAAGAUUUGAUCCCAUAUUAUCAAGAUGAAACUCGUACUUCAUUAAAUGAAGUGGCUAAUGAUAAUGGUGAGUGUGGUACUCAUUGGGAAUGUUUAAAUAUUACUCUUGGUGCAUUUCUUCAUGAAAUUGGCCAUUCAUUGGGCUCUCCGCAUCAAGUCAAUGGUAUCAUGCUAAGAGAUUAUGUUACAUUAAAUAGAUCUUUCAUGACUAAAGAAGCUUUUUCUGUAAGAACAAACUCAUAUGGUGCUGCACCACCUAUUUUCCCAAAGGAGGAAUGUACAUGGAAUCGUCUAGAUCUUCUACGUUAUAUUUAUAAACCAUCAUGCACAGUUCCAACCGAUUAUUAUGAUCCUUCAUUUAUGAAACCACACAGAUUAUCUAAUUAUGGAGUUUCUGCACCAACUGUUUAUCCAUUAGGGAAUAACUCUGCAAGAAUUGUUUCCAAGACAGGUAUUUACUGUCUUUCUGUUAUUUACGAUGAUUUAGAAAGAGGUCAUAUGGAAUGGUUACCAAAAUCUUUGGGAGGUGAAGGUCCAAUCCGUGAAUUAAUUGUAAAUUUGAAACAAUUACAAGAUUUAUUACCAGCAGAUCAAGUUGCAAAACAUGGUAAUGAUUUUAGUGUUAGAAUUAUGGCUGUGAAUUCAGAUGAUCAAAACAUUUCAAACUUCCCUGAAUUAUUGAAAGUUAAGCAAAUUUCCAUGGAUAAAUAUGGAUUAUCAAAAGGUGUUCUUGGUGUUAAAUCUCCUAUUUUAGGUGAUCCAAACCGUGGUGAAGAUAUAGGUAUUGUUCCAAUCAGAAUCAAAGACGUCAUUGCUGUUAGAGUUUAUCACGGUGGUGCUCUAGAUGGUUUGAGAUUCUAUUACGGUAAAGAUUCUGGCGCACAAGGUGGGAAGGCUCCAAGUAUUCCACCUAGAACUUAUAUGAGCUCUGUAUCAGACAAGAUGAAGAAUUUCUCAAUUAGCGAUAAAUCACCAAGUGUAUUAUUUGGUAACCAAACAAAUAAUUAUUCGGAUGUUAAUUUAGAAAAGGGUGAAAUCAUAACUGGUUUCAAUCUAAGAAAAGGUGUUUGGAUUGAUGCUAUUCAAAUUUUAACUUCUCAUGGUAGAAUCACGAGCAUGUUUGGUAAUGCAACUGGUGGUAGUGGUGGUGAAUUGAACCCACCACAAGGCCAAUACAUCUUGGGUUUGUACGGUAGAGUCGGACAAUGGGUUGAUGCUAUGGGUAUCGUCUAUGGUCACUCACCAUAA